GGACUCUCUCACUCUUUGACUCCAACUGACACUGGUUACCAUGGAGAUCAGAGAAACUUCCGGAAGCCCAACAGUUUGUCAGAACUUCUAAAUGAUGAAGCACCCUCAACCGCAGAGCCCUUCAGUUCUUUUCUGACCGAAAACCUGCUCAGCAGACUCCUCCAGAUGUUUGUGCUUCUUCCAGCUGUGCGCAGACUCUCCAGGCUUUUAGCUGAUAGCCCGGCGGCUCUCCUGGUCGUCAGAAGCCUGUUAGGCGCAGUGAGCGGCGCAGUGUUGUUCCUGGGAAUUGUCCACAACUUCCCUCUGACCUUUGACCUGAAGCUGGCAGUAGGAUUUGUAUUCGUGGGCGUGUGUGUCGCAGGUGGAGCCCUGUCCUCGUCCUUCAGGUGUACCGUCUUCCUCACAUUACCCAGCAUCCUCGGCUCACGUGGCCGUGCCUACCUGAUGGUACUGAUUUUGACGGUUCUGUACAAAGGUCCGAUAUCAAACAUCGAGCGAAAUGCCGAGUCAGCGGCUCUGUCUCUGAGCUGUAAUCUGGACCUGCAGGUUCACCACAGCAGGAUGCUUUGGAGGCACGCCAUCAGACCAUUUGUUCUGGUCACACAGGAGCUGAUGGAUGAUAAAGCUGAGUUUGAGUCCGAGUCCCUGAACAUCAGCAAGAACUUCCAGAACAUCAGAGAUGAAGUCCUCCUACAGUACGGAUAUGACCCGUUCCAACCAAAACCGGACGGCAGAGGAAACAGCACACAGGAGCAGUUUACCGCCAAAACCAAGAUGCAGUGUGACGGUGUGGUGAAUGGGGGCAUCCAGCGCUGUGCUGAUUGGUUCCGUCGGAGGUGGGAGGAGUGUAUGCAAGCCAUUCCUGUUCCUGUCAUCAACCACAUCCUCUGCUUUUCCAUGAAAUUCCACUUCCUGUGUGACAUCAUGAGAGUCAUGACUCCGUGGUGUCGGGAGCAGAUCCCUGUGGAGGGAAACUUCGGUCAGCUGUUUGAUAAGCUCAACGUUUCAGUCAACCAGCUCUCCCGAGAGUUCAGCACGGAGGUCGUCCUACAGCAGGAGCAGCAGCAGUCGGUACUGGACGGAGUUCUGUUGAAUCAGACCUUCACUCAGGCCAUCAAAGAGUCCUUCCUGAACCUGACAAGAACCAUGGGACAAGUAAUGAACAUCCUGCAGCUGCUGCUGUCCUUUACCUUCAUCACCGUGUUCAUCCAGGCUUUCCAGUACCUCUGUUCCUACAGGAGAAACAUCAGUUUUGACAACGUCUACAUCACCUCGUACUUCAGACGGAUCGAUGACCGCAGGCGACGAGCGGGGAGACGCUUCCUGCUGCCUCUUAGAAAAUCAGAGAAGAAUAAGUUCAUCGCCCCCUUGAGUCUGAAGAUCUACCCUGAGGAGCUGAAACAAGUAUUGUCAGGUGGUUUUCAGGUUCUGUCCAUCUUACUGCUGACCAUCGUCUUGCUGACCGUCGACUUCGCUCUGGUCCACGUUCUGGACAUCAUCAGCAGACACACGUUUACACAGUUCAAUGUGACCAGCAGUUACCACAUGGAUAUCAAAGUGGGCGGAGACUCCAUGAUGGCCCGCCUCCUGCGGACGAUGAUAUCUGGAUUCAACAGUUCAUCUGAACUGAACAUACAGAGUGACAACCAGGCAUGUAUGUCUCCCCCCUCCUCCCUCUCUGCUGAAGUAUAUGUCAGCUGUGCAGUUUGUGUCCUGCUGGUGGCGCUGUUCAGCUGUCUUCAGGUGUACACCAAUCGCCUCCGACGGGUCAUCGUAGCCUUCUACCACCCAAAGAGGGAGAAGAAGCGAGUUUUGUUUCUCUACAACCUGCAGCUCAACAGACGGAUUUCCUCACCUGACAGGAAAACAUCCAUCAGCCGAGGGCAGAGGAACGGGACGGUGUUUCAGCGCCUAAGCAGCUGGAGGCAUCAUCUCUUUCAACGCCGCCAACAGGAAGUGUCAGACUUGGAGGAGACUCAUUAUGUCUGUAGUUAGACAGAGGAAGGAGGAGAGGAAGACGUGCUACUCUUCUUCAGAUAAAUGACGACACACUGCAGGAAGAUCUCCCAUCUUCUCUCAGAAACAUCGGAUGUUUGUUACUCAGCAGUCCAACAUCAGAGCGUUUAUUGUUGAGUCUAAUCAGGUUUUUAAACAUUAUAAUGACCACCUGAGACACUCUCACUAAUGACUAUCACACCAAAUAAAACACAACCUUCUCCUAAAUGGUCUGAGAGAUGUUGCGUCC